AACUGUGGUGGUUACGGUUUCUUGGCUUGCUCAAUUGCACUGCACUAGUGUUAUCGUCUUCCUCUCAAGGCAAGCGUCGGGAGAGUAAAAACUGGGUGACUAGCAAAAUAUAUUAGUGAUAUUUAUUAUUACUAGUCGGCUCUAGGGAUUCGAGUAGUCCGGGGGACCAUGACGGUGGAGAGGAGGAGGAAACCUUUGGUACUUUCUUCCACCAGAGCUCUCGUCGACUCCGUACUCAGCUGUUCCAGAAUCCAAGAAAGGGAUGAUGGUAAAAUUGGAACUCGAGACCCCCAGGACUCGCAGCCCAAUCUGCAGCUAAAGGCAGGAAUUCUACGAAUAUCUGACAAUCCCACGGACAAUUCGCAAGCUACAACUAAAUUAGCCUCGCUCGAUCGCUCUGCCUUGCUUGGCCUUUCAACGUCCACGCUCAAAAAAUUAUCCAUUACUUCUGGCUCGCUGGUGCGUGUACAGAAUGCUGAUAACAACUUUCACAGGAUUGCUCAGAUUGUGGCUUUAGAUGCUCCUUUCCUUGACGAGAACUUACCCGACAAUCAAGUGCUCAAAUCUCACUCUCCUCAAACAAUGCUGCUCUUUCCAUCAUGCGAUUAUCCUCAAAAUCGUUGUAUACAAUUAGAUCCAGAUGUUGCCUAUUUGUCGCCAAUUCUGUUAUUUAACCUUUAUUUACACGUCUCGUGCUUGAAAUGUAUUGUUCACCAAGGAAAAGAAACUAUAUCAUCUCUGUUUGAAUGCCAACUGGAUGGUGAAGGAAAUUGUAAAGCCAAUAAUACCUCUGCUAUUAGCCUGGCAAUCAAACCUUCCACACAUUCUCCACAGUAUGCCUCACACCUAAGAGCUGCUUUUGUGAGAAUACCAGAGUGUAAUACCCUUGAAUCUCUUAAAAGAAGUCGAUAUGUGGAAGAUGAAUGUCGCCAAGAAUUGAUUGAUGUGGAGUUAAACAACUACUUUACUGUGGAUAGAUUUCUUUCCACGGGUGACCUCUUCAGCAUCUCAAUUAAUUGGAAUUGCAGAUCAGCACUGUGCAUUUGUUGCAGCCGACAGAAGAAAAAGGGAACUAACGACAUGAUAUACUUCAAGGUUGUGGCUAUGGAACCAUCAGAGGCGCCUGUUCUUAGGGUGAACAGGACUCAAACUGCCCUUGUGCUGGGAGGAAAUGUUGCUUCUGCAGUUCUCCCAGCUAUGUUGAUUCGUGGACUAAACGUUUCUAUUCCUGUACAGCAAAAUGUAGUGAAGAUGUUGGCCUCAAUACUUACACCACCUUUGUGCCCUUCAGCACUUUCAUCAAAAUUUAGAGUAGCAGUAUUGCUGCAUGGUUUACGUGGUUGUGGUAAAAGGACCGUAGUCAAAUACGUUGCUCAUCAAUUGGGCUUGCAUGUGGUAGAGUAUAGUUGUCAUAAUUUAGUGGCAUCUUCUGAAAGAAAGACAUCUGCUGCUCUGGCUCAAGCCUUCAGUACAGCUAACAGAUACUCGCCUAUCGUUGUUCUACUUCGACACUUUGAUAUUUUCCAAGAUCUGGCUCAUGAGGCAUCACCACAUGAGCAACUUGGUGUCAACUCAGAAAUUGCAGCUGUAAUUAAAAAAUUUACUGAACCAGUUAUUGAGGAUGAAGAUGAUCACUCUGGAGGGAGAUUAGAUUGUCAUAGUACAGAUUCUGAACAGAUUUACAGACACCGCUUGUUGUUAGUUGCUACUGCUGACAGGACUGAAGGGCUGCCACCAACUAUUAGGCGUUGUUUUAGUCAUGAAAUCAGUAUGGGACCUUUGACAGAGGAACAAAGGAUUCAAAUGCUGUCUGGUUCCCUUCAACGUGUUGCUGAAUUGCUACCAAAUAAUUCUUUGGAGGAUCUUGUGCAAGAGAUAGUCGGACAGACAUCAGGUUUUAUGCCCAGGGAUCUGCAAGCUUUAAUUGCUGAUGCGGCUGUCAAUUUAGUCUAUUCUCACCCACCUGAAAAAGCUCAGAAGAACUCUUUUGAGUCUGAGCAAGUUGAGGACUGCAAGUCAACCAGUGAAGCAACGAGGGAUAUGGGCAAAGAAGACUUGUUGAAAGCACUGGAACAAUCCAAGAAAAGAAAUGCAUCAGCCCUUGGUACACCUAAGGUUCCUGAUGUCAAAUGGGAAGAUGUUGGUGGGCUCGAGGAUGUUAAGAAAUCAAUUCUGGAUACUGUUCAGCUGCCUCUACUGCAUAAGGACUUGUUUUCCUCUGGGUUGCGCAAACGAUCAGGGGUUCUUCUUUAUGGUCCUCCAGGGACAGGAAAAACUUUGCUGGCAAAAGCUGUUGCAACAGAAUGCUCGUUGAAUUUUCUCAGCGUGAAAGGGCCUGAAUUAAUUAACAUGUACAUAGGAGAGUCGGAGAAGAAUGUCAGAGACAUUUUUGAGAAGGCUAGAUCAGCUCGUCCAUGUGUUAUUUUCUUUGACGAACUUGAUUCUCUUGCUCCAGCUAGAGGUGCUUCAGGAGAUUCUGGAGGCGUUAUGGACCGAGUUGUUUCUCAGAUGCUUGCGGAGAUUGAUGGCCUAAAUGACUCUUCUCAGGAGUUGUUUAUCAUUGGAGCAAGCAAUAGACCAGAUCUAAUCGACCCAGCACUUCUGAGGCCUGGACGGUUUGAUAAGCUCCUUUAUGUUGGUGUUAAUUCUGAAACAUCAUACAGGGAGAGGGUACUUAAAGCGCUCACGCGAAAAUUCAAGUUGCAUGAAGAUGUAUCACUUCAAUCUAUAGCCAAAAGAUGCCCUCCGAACUUUACUGGUGCUGAUAUGUAUGCCUUGUGUGCUGAUGCUUGGUUUCAUGCGGCAAAACAAAAGGUGUUAGUUGCUGGCGCAGAUUCAUCUAGCUUGAAUGAUCGGACAGACUCAGUUGUUGUCCAAUAUGUUGAUUUCAUCAAGGUUUUAGGAGAGCUGUCUCCUUCGCUUUCAAUUGCUGAACUCAAGAAGUAUGAAUUGUUGCGAGAUCAGUUUGAAGGGGCAUCAAGAUGACUGGUUUGCAGAGUGUGCGUGUAGGAUUGACGUUGAAUGGGACUUGACGGAGAUUCGUAUGUAGCAUGUGUAUAUGUAUCCUGUAGGCCUUCUAUGUCUAUUAAUUUCUUCUGCAGGUGUAGGUAUUUAGUCGUUCAUGGUUGUAGCAGUAUCAACGGAAUAUUUUGUUUGGAAAACAUGUAUUGAUCUUCACAUUCUGUUUUACAAGAGCAAGUGUAUGUUAAGUCUCUAUCCUUGUACUGUUAUAGGAAUUCACGAAAGAAAAUACGCAUCUCCAAAUCAACCUUAAAUUUUGGACUCA